AUGCUUUGCGAGGCAAUGCCAGGCAAAAAUAAGGAAUAUUAUGCCGUUCGUACUGGACGAGUUGAUGAACCUACAAUAUUUUCAUCGUGGGGCGAUGCACACCCUCGCGUGAUUGGAUGCAAAGCAGAACACAAGGCCUUCGACGAUCUUCAAAAAGCAAAAGAUUAUAUGGAGGAGAAUGGAGUAAAACAGCCUAAACCGGUAUUCAAGGAAGGGGCCGGAGAGACUAUGCCAUUACCAGGAAAUGAAGCCUUCUACGCAGUUGCCAAUGGCAGAAACCUGGGUAUCUAUCCCUAUUAUGGAAAAGCAAAGCCAGAGGUCGAUAGAUCCUCGGGUGCUUGUCAUAAGCACUUCAGAACACGUGCCCAGGCAGAAGCUUUUAUCGAAGAUUGGAAAAAUUCCUAUGCUGACGUUUGCCGGAGAGAAAUAAAGGCAAAGUUAGACCAAGGAUUCAGGUCGUCCAAUAUGAAUCUGGAGUUCGAUAUCUGGCGAGCAAUUUUUGAAUACGAUAUAAGCGAAGAUAUUACGAAGAAGACUGAGAAGUUGAACGUGAAGGAAGAAUAG